AUGAAAGCCUUUGUUCCCGAGGCUCUCCUCCUGCUGAUCCUGGCCAAUCUCACAAUGACCAGGCAUCCAAAGGGUUCACACUCCCUGAGCUAUUUGCAAACUCUGCUCACCUGGCAUGACCUGGAGCCCGACUUCAUCCUUGGUGUCUACUUGGAUGACAUUCUUAUUGAGAGAUUCAACAGCAGAGCAGAGGCACGAAGGCUGGAGCACUGUGCACCUUGGGUGGAUCAGCAGCAGCCAGAGUACUGGGAUAGUGAGACAAGGGCCAUUCGGAAACUAAUUGACAUCUACCAAGACUUCCUGGAGACAGUGCUUCACCUCUACAAUCAAAGUGAAACUGGAUAUCACACAAUGCAGAUGCUGAUUGCCUGCGAUGUGCUGCCGGAAGAAAAAUUCAGUCGUGCACAAUUUAAAUUUGUCUUUGAUGGCCGUGAUUACAUCACACUGAAUGAGGACCUGAGCACUUGGACUGUAGUUGGCAAAGAAAGUGAGAUCCUAAGGGAAGAGUGGGAAAAGGCAACAUUUCCAAAACUUUUCAUUUCUACCGUAAUGAAAAGCUGUGAGAACGUCAUCCUCCAUCAAUUGGACUAUGGGAAGGAUUUUUUCCUGAGAAGAGAUAUCCUGAAAUUACAUGUGACCCAUAAGGUCAGAGCUGAUGGGAAUGUCACUCUAAGAUGCUGGGCCCUCAACUUCUACCAUGCUGAGCUCACCCUGACCUGGCAGAGGGAUGGGAACAAUCAGAUACAGAACGUGGAGGUGAUAGAGACCAGGCCUGCAGGAGAUGGCACCUUCCAGAAGUGGGCAGCUGUGGUGGUGUCUCCUGGGGAGGAGCAGAGAUACACAUGUCAUGUGGACCAUGAGGGGCUGCGUGAGCCCAUCACCCUGAGAUGGGAGCCUCCUCAGCCCUCUCUCCCCAUCAUGCCAAUUGUUACUGGCCUGGGUCUUGGAGUGGUGCUUACUGGAGCUGUGGUGACUUUUCUAAUAUGGAAGAGGAGGAGUAAAGGUAAGAAAAGGGCGGGGUCUGAGUUCAUGUCUCCCUGGGAAUAUCAAGCCUAG